ACGAGAUGUUGACUCAAUCAGGAUUUAAGAAAACUGAAAGACUUUACCGAGGGUAUAGUUUACAACCCCUACGUCACACAAACCCAGAAACGACAGUCGUACGUGGCCUUACCCUCUUCGACCAGAGAAGCAGCAGCCCCUCAAAAUGGAACUUGAGGCGAUGACGCGAUACACCAGCCCGGUGAACCCGGCUGUGUUCCCCCACCUCACAGUGGUCCUGCUGGCCAUCGGCAUGUUCUUCACCGCCUGGUUCUUCGUCUAUGAGGUGACGUCAACGAAAUACACCAGAGAUGUCUACAAGGAGUUGCUCAUCUCCCUGGUGGCUUCGCUUUUUAUGGGCUUUGGUGUGCUCUUCUUGCUCCUUUGGGUUGGCAUCUAUGUAUGAAGGUCGCUGACUUCGAAGAUGACACAUUCCAACAAGACAAAACACACGCACACACACCUGGCUUUUGCAUUUGAUUGGGUGUACUGACAAUAUUUUGGACUGUUUUCACAAUAAAAGAGGGGUUUGUACAACUUAAA